AUGGAGGAGGUGAUGGAGGAAGUGAUGGUGGAGGUGAUGGAGGAGGUGAUGGAGGAGGGGAUGGAGGAAGUGAUGGAGGAGGUGAUGGAGGAGGUGAUGGAGGAAGUGAUGGAGGAGGUGAUGGAGGAGGUGAUGGAUGAAGUGAUGGAGGAGGUGAUGGAGGAGGUGAUGGAGGAGGGGAUGGAGGAGGUGAUGGAGGAGGUGAUGGAGGAAGUGAUGGAGGAGGUGAUGGAGGAGGUGAUGGUGGAGGUGAUGGAGGAGGUGAUGGAGGAGGUGAUGGAGGAGGUGAUGGAGGAGGUGGAGGAGGUGAUGGAGGAGGUGAUGGAGGAAGUGAUGGAGGAGGUGAUGGAGGAGGUGAUGUAG